AGACAAAGUGAGGCGAACUCCAUGAGGUUUUACCUAGGCACAGCGUGACGUAGCGCCCUGCUUUGGCCCGCUCCUCGAUCCAGCGCCUCACUUCACAUGGCGCUUUCUCCGUCUCCAUCUCCAUCUCCUGCCACAGCCGUGAAAAGGCAGAAAAGCUCCCUGAAAACCCCAUUUCUUCCUUCACUUCGCCGGCUUGCCCGCUUUUCCAUGUCGGCACCGCAGCCGCGCCUUGCUGUCGCCUCGAGAGCCUCGUGCCUUUCUGUCGACGCUGGCCAUCGCGAGGACGUCCUCGCUGCCGCUCGUGCCUUCGUCCCUAAAUGUCUCUCCGAGACUCAUCUCGAGCUCACUGUUCCCGGUCUUAAGGCCAAAGCUCGAGGGAAGGUAAGGGAUAUCUACGAGGGGAAAGGUUACAUGGUGCUGGUGACAACCGAUCGACAGAGCGCAUUUGAUAGGGUUCUGGCUUCCAUUCCAUUUAAAGGGCAGGUUCUAAACAAAACAAGCAUAUGGUGGUUUAGCAAGACUGAACACAUUGUUCCUAAUGCAGUCAUUUGCUCUCCUGAUAAGAACGUGACAAUAGCAAAGAAAUGCUCAGUUUUUCCAGUUGAAUUUGUUGUUAGAGGCUUUGUGACUGGCAGCACCGACACAUCUCUUUGGACUGUUUACAACAGUGGCAGAAGGCAUUAUUGUGGGAAUAUUCUCCCUGAUGGUAUGAAGAAAAAUCAGAAGUUGCCUGCGAAUAUUCUCACACCUACAACCAAAGAAACAAAUCAUGAUGUUCCGGUGUCUCCUGAUGAGAUAGUAAAAAUGGGUUUGAUGACAGAGGAUGAAUAUCUCGAAGUGAGCAGCAAAGCUAUGAGAUUAUUUGAAUAUGGACAGCAAGUUGCUCUCGAUCAUGGUCUUCUAUUAGUGGACACGAAGUAUGAGUUCGGGAAGGACUCUGAUGGGAAUAUUUUGUUAAUUGAUGAGGUGCAUACGCCUGAUUCCAGCAGAUACUGGAUUGCUAGUUCUUAUCAGGAGCGAUUUAAUGCUUGUCUUGAACCUGAAAAUGUCGACAAGGAAUUCUUGAGGCUAUGGUUCAAGGACCAUUGUAAUCCGUAUGAAGAUCAGGUUCUCCCAGAUGCACCAGAAGAUCUUAUUUGUGAACUUGCAUGGCGGUACAUUUUCCUCUACGAGACCAUCACAAACUCGAAGUUUCAGAUACCAACGAUGGAGGAAUCUAUCCAUGACAGGAUUUCCAGGAAGGUCUCUGAGGUUCUAGAAAGCCUGUAGCUGCUCACCAUCAAUUUUAUACGAUCUUGCUAUCAUUUGGAGACUCUCCUGUGACAGUGCUACUGAUAAUCUCACUGAGCAAAAUAAUUAUUCUCAUUAAAGAGUUUUACAAACUAGCUCUUGUUUACUUCAAAGCCAAAUAAUGGCUUCAUAUGAAGCAGUUUUGUUAUGAUUAAAAAGCCAUUGUUUACACCUUCAGGCUUUUGUUUGUAUUGGAGAGAAAUUGAAAAAAAAAAAAUGAAAUGAAAAAUCAUUAAGUUAUGAUUUGAUUAUGAAUUUAUAGC